CGGGGGCAGCGCGCAGCGGCGCUGAGGCCGCGGCCGGGGGAGAACGAUGGCCAAAUGGCUGAACAAAUACUUCAGCCUGGGCAAUAGCAAGACCAAGAGCCCUCCGCAGCCCCCGCGGCCCGACUACCGGGAGAAGCGCAACGGUGUCGGCGGCGCGCCCCGCCCCGAGGGGCCGCCGCACCUCCACCUCCACCAUCACACCUCGCCCGGCUUUUCGCGCCGCCGCCUGCGCGACGACACCAGCGACCUGCUCCGCGCCUACCGCGCCCAGAAGGACCGCGACUUCGAGGACCCCUACAGCGGGCCCGGCUCGUCCCUGCGCAAGCUGCGCGCCAUGUGCCGUCCGGACUACUCGGCUCCCGAGGACCUGGGCGAGGCGGCCCUCAAGGCUUCCUCCUCCUCCUCCUCCUCGUCGUGCUGCGCCACGCCUCCGACCACCGGCUCCCCGCAUCUCUUCCGCAGCCACAGCGAGCGCCGCCCGGCGACACCGCCCGACGUGAAGUACAUCUCCCCCAAGCACCGGCUCAUCAAGGUGGAGAGCGGCGGUGGCGGCAGCGACGGCGUGGGCAAGAAGCUCCACAAGGGCUCCAAGCAGCCGGCGACUUCUGCCCCCUCUGCUGUGAAAGAUAAGGUCUUGAUAGCUGAUGACUACUCAGAUCCGUUUGAUGCCAAAAGUGAGUUGAACAGAAUGGGAAAAGGAGAGAACACGGGCUACAUGGAACCGUACGAAGCCCAGAGAAUAAUGGCUGAGUUUCAACAGCAGGAAGGCAUGAAGUCCCAUCAGAAAAACAUGCAGCUCUAUGACACGCCCUAUGAACCAGAAGGCAGCGGUGUGGAAUCUGAUUCUGAAAGUGUGGUGAGUCACCGUUUACGAGAAAGCAAAUUGCCACAGGAUGACGACAGGCCUGCAGAUGAGUAUGAUCAGCCAUGGGAGUGGAACAAAGUCACCAUCCCAGCUUUGGCAGCCCAAUUUAAUGGAAGUGGGAAACGGCAAGCAUCUCCUUCUCCCUCAAAUGACCAUCACAGGCAAUUAAGAGCACCUGGAGGAGGCUUUAAACCCAUCAAACAUGGCAGUCCAGAAUUUUGUGGGAUCCUGGGAGAGAGAAUAGAUCCAGCUGUUCAACUGGAAAAGCAGAUAUGGUAUCAUGGAGCAAUCAGUCGGACAGAUGCAGAAAACCUGUUACGUUUAUGUAAAGAGUGUAGCUACCUUGUAAGAAACAGUCAAACAAGCAAGCAUGACUAUUCUCUUUCACUGAAGAGCAGUCAAGGUUUUAUGCAUAUGAAACUGAUGAAAACCAAAGAGAAAUACAUCCUGGGCCAGAACAGCCCUCCCUUUGACAGUGUUCCUGAAGUCAUCCACUACUACACCACAAAAAAGCUGCCUAUCAAAGGAGCAGAGCACUUGUCCUUGCUCUACCCUGUGGCUGUGCGGACACUCUAAUAACCUUGUCUCACCCCUUCCUGUGGAUGGGAGGUGAGAGGUAAGAUGGGUUGCACUGAAUUCAUUGCCAGAAUUCAGAGUUUGAGUCUAUGAGGGAGAGUGGCAACGUUUAGUCUUGUGAAUGUGGACUCUGCAGAGUUGUAUAUGGGACUGUGUAUAUGAUACUCUUGUGCUGAAGCAUGCCUCUAGAACUGUGUUGCUACAUAAGAGAAAGAAAACUUAUUUUAGUGCAAGGAGAGCAGAUAACCUUCCCAGACCUUCUAUGUGAACGAAAGUGCUUCCCAACAAAAGUUGUUUCAUUGUGUUUUGAGAAGAACUAACAAGAUCUUCUCAGCAGUAAAAAACCAACACCACCUAUUCUCUUGCUACCCUGAGAAACUUCCCCAUGAGAAAGAGUAACCUUACUCUGAGGGAUCCUAACAUGUUCUUGAUGGACCUGAGAAGAGCUGCUUAGCAGACAAGUCUCUGGCUCUGGUCACUUAGAUUGAUGGGUUUGGGAUUUUUUAGUGCAGUUUCUUGGGGUAGUCAGAUGUUGAACUCCUUAAAGACACACA